GCUAAGAUGCAGAGCUGAGGGCACUGAUGGUAGACAAUGAGUGCUGGGCAAGAAGUCACAUUUAUCAGAUUCUUUUUUUUCUUCUUUCCUAUAGUGGACUAAUACAAGAUUUUUACAAUAUCUUUGGGCUGCACAUUUUUUUUUCCCUACACUUGGAUUAAGGAUGGAAGUUAAUACAGAUUGUAAAGGAUUUCUUUGAAAAGGGCAUUUCACGUGUGUCAAGACGGAUCAGAAAGCAGAGACCAGUGGGAUCUGGGAAACAUCAGAACAGGAUUGACAAGGGAUUGGAGGAGCAGAUGCAGCAAUGGCUUACUACUUUACACAAACAAAGAACCAAGACCAAUGGCUACAGGGAAGCUAAUGAAAGGAGUUGACAUCAUUCUUCAUACAGCACACUGCUUGUACUUUUGGAUCCUACAUUUUUAAGAUCCUCACUUUGCUGUGUCCAAAAAAGUUUACGAACAAUGGGAAACUAUGUUCUAGUCUCAUGGAUUACUGCACUGUCACUGAUGGCAAUAUUAACUAAGGCUGACAUUAAAAAAAGUAAUGCUUUCAUCACAGAAUCAGAUCCAGCCCGAUGUAUGAGGCACCAUUAUGUAGAUUCUAUUAAUCAUCCACAGCACAAAUGCACUGCAAAGAUGGUACUGCUGGCCCGGUGUGAAGGACGCUGCAGUCAGACAUCCCGCUCGGACCCCCUUGUUUCCUUCAGCACAGUUUUAAAACAACCUUUUCGCUCCACCUGCCAUUGCUGCCGGCCGCAGACCUCUAAGCUAAAAGCAAUAAGGCUUCGGUGCUCUGGAGGAAUCCGUCUCACCGCCACAUACCGAUAUAUUCUUUCCUGUCACUGUGAAGAGUGCAAUUCUUAGGGGCACAUUUCACAGACAACUGGAUUGGGAAUUUUUAAAAUGGACAUCAAAUUAUGUGAUUUAUUUUUAUGAAGUGUUAUUUGUGAAUUAAAUAAAAAGUGAUACAAAUACUAUUGUCAUACAGUGUGCAAUGAAAAUGAAAUAGUCUUGUAAUGUUAAAGUUUUCUGAAGAUUCAUUACAUUUCUGGUCCAAAUUGUAUAUGUUCCAAUGUAUGGACCAUGGGCUCACUAUCAAUAUUUUCUGUACAGAGUAUUUCUCUAUGUAUUUUUUAAUCAUUUCAUUCCCUGGGUUUAAUAUUUUUAUGAAGUACGGAUGAAUUAUGAAAACUGGGCAGCAAGCUGGAUUAAACAGAACG